AUGGAUAAAUGCGUCAAGCGUAUAUACAGUCCGCGACACGAUUCUUUACUACCUGUCUGGAAUGCAGCACUCGAGAUCCGUCGCGAGCUACACCAAUUCGCAGAGCAGCAGCUCAAGGAUAUGAAGUUUGGCCUGAUCGGUGACCCUAGCACUGGAGAGCUGGGAGUAUGCCAGGCUAUGGUGUCAACCAUGUACCACCAUACUUUGCUACUAACGUUCCGACCAUUCUUGAUUUUACGAGCCAAGUUGAACCAUGAUCGAGCGUCUGCUACAUCUGCAGACAAUCUACAACCACCUCCACCUUGGCUUGAUAGUGCUUGCGAGUACUGUCUGGAAGCGGCGAGGAAUUCAGUUGGUUUCUUGACAGGUUCUUGUGCAACUAACAUUUUGUGCCGUGACAUCAAGUACCACGGUUUCUUCAUCGAAGGAGCUUGCUACGCUCUGGCUUUUGACAUGCUCCAGGAGAAGAAGACAGCCCAUCGCAACUUACCUUGGAUUCACUCAGGUCUAAGAUGUUUGCGUUCUAUGAUGGAAUCUGCAGGUAUCAGUGCUGGUCAACUACCGAUAACAAUCGCCUCUAUCGAGCAGAUGGUCCGCUCUGCCGGUUUCGAGCUGAAAGAUCCAGUCGAUCAGACAAAGCAAUACCAGCAACAAACUCCCAACUCGACCCUCCCUGGCUCACCAGCACUCACGACUAUAGCAGGUGGUACAGGAAGUGAGCCAGCGUUCACAUUCCCUUCUAUGCCAUUUGGGUUCGAUGUUACUGGUCAGAUGAACGGAACAUCUCCUGCUGGUGCUGGGCAAGAGGACAUGGCAGAUUUCACAGCUGCUGAUGUUGGUUGGGAUAUUGAUUUUGGAUCCAUGAACAUGGAGGCUUUCUUGUCUCUUGAUUCGGCGGAGGCCUUCAAUUUUGCGCCUUGA